AGUACAACUAUAAGAAACCUUCAAAAACUGUUCAAAGAGACCAACCAAAAAAGGCUUUAAUUUCAAGCUAUGGAGAAAAAAAUGGAUAAUUCCAUCACAGAAGAAGCAGUUGUAGCUAGAAAUGAAGGCAAUAAUCAUGAAGAAGAAGCAGUCAGGAAAUCUUUAAAGGAUGAUGAAUUUAAGUCAGCCAUAGCAGAAGUCAAUGAGCUCAGACUAGAGAAUGCAAGAUUAAGAAUGUUACUUGAACAAGUAGAGGAGGAUUACAAUUCCCUUCAAUCUCGCGUCUCUAAUAUUUCUCAACCAGAGUUCAAUCAAAGUGCCAGCCCGACUUGUACAACUGAAAACAUUAUUGCAGAAGAAUCUGAACUAGUCUCUCUUCGACUUGGGCGAAGUCCUAGUCGUAUUGAUCAGUUCAAAAAAGAUGAUAAGAAAAGACAUUCUUGUCACUCCAGUGAUGGGCUUAAACUUGGGCUGGACUACAACAUUGCAGUAUCUAAAUCUGAUCCUAUCAAGCCCAAUACUGAUCCAAGCCCAGAUAAGGUUUUAGAAACAAAAACAGUAGACGCCAGAGAAUCAGGGCCAACUAGUGAAAUUGUCAAGACAAUGAGAAGAGGUGACAAUGAAGUUUCACAGCCCAGCCCAAGUGUUAAGAGAGCUGGUGAUGAUGAGGUUUCCCAGCCCAAUGUCAAGAGAGCUAGAGUCUCAGUUCGGACAAAAUGCGACUACCCAACAAUUAAUGAUGGUUGCCAAUGGAGGAAAUAUGGACAAAAGAUAUCUAGAGGUAAUCCGUGUCCACGUUCAUAUUAUCGGUGUUCAGUCGCUCCAUUAUGUCCUGUGAGAAAACAAGUCCAACGAUGUGUUGAAGAUAUGUCUGUAUUAAUCACAACUUAUGAAGGAACACAUAAUCAUUCACUUCCAAUUGAGGCAACUGCUAUGGCCUCCACUACUUCAGCUGCUGCUUCAAUGCUUCUUUCUGGAUCAUCAAGUUCUCAAUCAGCUAAUAAAGAUUUCAGAAAUUUGCCUAAUAAUUCGAAAUCAACACCUCUUUAUUUAUCAAAUUCUCCUUCAAAUUCAAAUCCUUUUCCCACCAUCACAUUAGACUUCACCACAUUCCCAACUACUUCAUCAUUUACUAGUUUCAACUUCCCUUCCAAUUUCCAAUCCAACACGGGAUUUCUUUCUAACAGUUUAAACUUUUCCUCGCCUGAAUCGGACACACUAUCCAAAAUUUUGGGCAGUGGGUAUGUAGAUUAUGAUCCUACUACUUCAUUACCAUAUAGCAAGAGUCUCACAAACAUUGGUUCAUCAAAUCUUGGAAAGCCAUCCCCUGCCCCAAAACAAUUUGACCAACCAGUUCUUGGGAAGAGUAAGAACAGUAUUAGUAAUAACUUGAAGGAGGAAUCUUCUCAACAGGCUCUAACGGAAACGUUGACAAAGGCAAUCGCAUCAGAUCCUAGCUUUCAAUCGGUGCUAGCUGCUGCUAUUUCAUCAAUGGUUGGUGCCACCAAAACUUGAACUGGAGAUUGGAUGAGCAAAUUCAGGUUCCAAAUUCAAGUUUUAGCGCACAGAUAAUCAAAAUGAUGAAGUUUUGACGCUCUUGUCAUUGAAGUGUAGUCAACAAGAGAUAUUUUAAUUAGACAUUUUUUGUCAUUAAUUUGAUAGCUUUGAUAUAUACACAAAUGUAAACUCUUUGACAGUUUUAAUUGAAGUCAUAUUGAUGCACUUUCUUUCA